CCCAUUCCCAACGGCAGCGGCUGGGUGACCUGCAGCCUGGAUCCGCCCUGCGCGGGCGGAGGGAGGAGCCGGUGCCCGAUCUAGUCAGACAGGUGGAGCGGCCAGGGCAGGAAGCAUCCCCAAAGUGGAGAGAGGAGGAGAGGAGGGGACAGGAGAGGAGAGGAGAGCCGGCAGAACAGGCACAACCCAGCAGAAACUCGUCUCGAGCAGACCCACCCCGAGUCAGGAUGGAGGCCGUCGUGACCAUGUACCAGGAACUGGUCAAGAUGGGAGACCCCCGAAUCCAGGAUUACCCCCUGAUGGGGUCCCCACUGAUCAUGACCUCCAUCCUGCUCACCUACAUCUACUUCGUGCUGUCGCUCGGGCCCCGCCUUAUGGCUAACCGCAAACCCUUCCAGCUGCGGGGCUUCAUGAUCGUCUACAACUUCACUCUGGUGGCCUUCUCUCUCUACAUUGUCUAUGAGUUCCUGAUGUCCGGCUGGCUGGGCAGCUACACCUGGCGCUGCGACCCCGUGGAUUUUUCCCACAACCCCGAGGCCCUGCGGAUGGUGCGAGUGGCCUGGCUCUUUCUCUUCUCCAAAUUCAUUGAGCUCAUAGACACAGUUAUCUUCAUUCUGCGGAAGAAGGACGGACAGGUGACCUUCCUCCACGUCUUCCACCACUCCGUGCUGCCCUGGAGCUGGUGGUGGGGCGUCAGUAUUGCUCCAGGUGGUAUGGGGUCCUUCCACGCCAUGGUGAACUCCAUGGUCCACGUGGUCAUGUACCUGUACUACGGCUUGGCCGCCCUCGGGCCCGUAGCCCAGCGCUUCCUCUGGUGGAAAAAGCACAUGACGGCUAUCCAGCUGAUCCAGUUCGUGCUGGUCUCCUUGCACAUCUCCCAGUACUACUUCAUGCCCCGCUGCGGCUACCAGUACCCCGUCAUCAUUCACCUUAUCUGGAUUUACGGCACCGUCUUCUUUCUCCUCUUCUCCAACUUCUGGUAUCACUCCUACACCAAAGGCAAACGGCUUCCACGGACGGCCGCCGCCACGCACAACGGGGCCGCCUGUGGGGCCAAGGUCAAGGUCAAGGCCAACUGAGUGGGCGGCCCCCUCCCGCCCGGACCCCUGGCCGUGCGCCUACCACCCAAGUGCCUCGGGACCGCACCCGCCGGCGGCCGCCGGCUUUGAGGCCCGGGCCCCGCCCGUCGGCGUCUCGCGCCCCCGUGGGGACCCCGCAGCCUGGGGGGCCUCGUUCCCAGGUGGGGCUGGCGGGGGCAGGCCCUUCCCAUCCCACUCCCGCGUCCAGCCGCCGUGGGAGCCGUGCCUUCUUCCCGCCCGCUGCGCCAGAGGGAGAGUCGCCUUCUGGCCUCUUUCCUUCCACCCCUGUGGCUGCUGCCCUGCUUGGUGCCAACACCGCCCCGUCCCCCCCUCGCCCGAGUGGAGAGGGGCAGUCGGUCUCUCCUGCGCGGGGAGGGCCGCGGUCGGACUCCUGCCGGCCCCGGCGGCCGGAGCGAGGGUGGGGGCGUUUCACACUACCCUCCUCCCCCUCUGGGCUGUUACCAAACUUGAAUUCUGCCCUUGGGGGCAGGUUCAGCAAUAAUACCUUCAGCCUCCAGGUGCACCCCCAUCCUGUUUUUCCCCCACCCCCCACUACACACACACACACUCACACGCACUCUGGGGGCAGGCCGCUCCCCCCCUCCACUCCUGGCCUGCCUCCCCCGUGAGGCCCACACUGCUGCUGCCCUUCUCUUCCCCCCCGGACCAAAGCAGGGCCAGGCCAAAGACUGGGGGUGGGGAGGGGUGGGGUCGCUCACGCCAAGUCUCAAAUAAAGUGAGCCAAGAAAAGGUGCCA